CUCGGAAUCUCAGUGGAUGCUGGUUGCGUGUAGCACUGGAGACCAUGUGGGCUUCAAGAAACGGGAGCCUUUCUUAUGACCAGUAUCCUGAAGCUGGGCCGGAGCACCCUGCCAUCUGCAACCCUCAACUCAAACAGGCUGGCUCAAGGGUGUCUCUCUUUAAAUACACGCCACCGUGGAAGGUCUUCUGUGCAGCUCUGGGGUCCAAGUUGCAGAAUCUACAAAGCCCAGUUGUUGAUGCAAAUAUUUCUCAAGAAAACUGGAUGACCCAAGAGAUCCCUAUCACUAAGGAACAUCUUCCACAAACUGAAGACAACAUCUAUGAAAUCUCUCUUCCAAAAAUGAAGUCCAGCACCAGGGAUAUCAAUACCCCCCAGAACAUAGAGCUCAGUUAUGAAGAUCGACAUGAGCACAGUAGUCAAGAAGUGGUCUUACAACAAGAAAUGAGACCUGAAGACAAAGAAGGUGAGAUUAUUGACUUGGGUCAACCUGAGUUGAAGGUUGAAAAUGGAUGGAAGAUGUUAGAUCCCACAGAAGAUCAAUCCCCGUGCAUGACCAAAUCUAUAAGUGGAAAGACAGAUCGUUGGACGCCACCCCCAGACAGAGAAUCCAAGUUGGAAGUGCUCAGAUCUGGCUCACACUACGACAUCCGGGCUUAUAAAGGAGAGAAGAAACCUUCUAGAUUCUAUGAAGAAGAUGAGGAGGAGUUGCAGUAUAAAAUUCCCUCCAAGAAUGUCUCACCAGAAAUAGCCAAAGAACUGGAAGAUGAACGGCAGGAGAUUAUCAGGAGACAAGUUGUGAGAAAAAGCAACACGAUGGCAGAAAAAUGGAGCUCUAUGAAUGAGUUGGAAGCCAUCGACACGUCCUCUCUUGUCAAGGUUACAAGAGAAGCCAGAAAGAUCAACCCCACUAGCUUUGCUCUUUGUUUUGACAAUCCUUCCCCAGAUUGGACAAUCAUCCCUGUCGAUCCUGAGAACAUAGACACAGAACAGAUAAAUUUUGCUGCUGCCCGACAGCAGUUUCUCACACUGGAAAAGACUAAUCCAAAGAUGUUGUUGGACCCCAAGAGACACGUUCCUUCUCUGAGGGAGCUGAAGGCAACAAGCCAUGCCUGUGGGAGCAAAGAACCUCAGAAUCCUGAAAUGCCAAGGAGUGAUAAAGAAUUGGAUGAGUACAGCCAAUUGAGAGAGAACUCAACAGGAGCAGACCUUCUCAUUCUCCCCCAAAGAGAAGCCAGCUCUUAUUUAGGGACUACUUUCCUUUCUGCAGAAAAGAUGCCCUCUGACUUGGAGGUUGAUAUGAGCACGGGGAAUGGGAAUGAGAGGACAUUCAAGAAAGAAUCAGGAAAUCCUCUGGCCCAAAGCCAAGAUCCUGCAAAAGAGCCAGAAAUUAGGAACGAGACCCCCAUUGAGCGGGAAAUCAGAUUGGCCAUGGAGAGGGAAGAGAACCUUUGGAAGGAGAGGGGCGUCCAGCGAAUCAGUACCAAAGAUGAUCUGGUGGAGAUCCGAUCCAAGCCGCUCCUCUCCUCCCCAGCCUCUUCUCCAGCUUCCUCCAGGAAAGGGAAAGAUAAACCUCUCAUUUCCUUUUAUGUCCAGAGGGAGAUUGAGCAGGAAGCCAAGCGUGAGGAGGACCUGCAAAAGGAAGGGAGGCUGCUGGGAAUGUACGACCGAGGACUUCGCCAAGAGCUUGCAGAACGUCGGAAAAUUUUUGAGCGAGAGGAGGAAGCGGCUCCCCUGCCUUCUCUGUGCAAACAAAAGAAACAAGAGGAGCUGCUGGAGACCCUCCAUGGAGACGCUGCAACACUCUGUUGCAAUGUGGAUCCAUCCGGAGAGGGAAUUGCAAGCCAGAAUGUGAACUGGAGCUCGGAGAUCCGUCGGCCCUCUGCAGAGCCAACUUUGGGCAAGAAAAACCCAGGAAAUGAGCCACCCUUAAAAACGUGCUCCACUGCUUCUUCCCCAAGGAUGAAUUUCCCUAGCCGAUGUCCUCCCUGUAGCCGAGAUUUGAAAGCUCCAAGAGACACAUUCGUGUUAAAGAAGCAACAUUUGGCCAUUCCGGUUCGCAAGCUCCAGUUCUCUUUUUCUGAAGAUCAGGGACCCCAAAGCCUUCAGAGAAAAGAGCAUAAACCUCAGAAACCAGCUCCACGGGAAGAGCUUUAUACUCUGAAGACAUGGCGGCCCCGGACGUCCAUUCUGAUUGACCAGGACAUCCAGGAUGCUUUGCAAAGAGAAGUGGAACUUCAAGAGCAGAGGAGAAAAAUCAGUUUGACUGCACAGGAGCUCCCAAGUUCACGGGUGUCAUCUCAAAGUUCAGCUGCUUCGGGAGAAACUGGCAGGUACUCCAUCUCCUCCUCGCCUGUUUUUGUUCCUAAUUCACCUGUGAGGCUCCCUACUUCGCCCAUCCUGUACCGACCCAGUAUGACAACAAACUCCCCUGAAUCAAAUUUCAGACGGUGCCAGAGUCCAAUACAAUCCAGGAUAAGACCAAAGGAGGAUGGGAAGUAUGCUGGUAUUGAACUCAACGAUGAGAUUGACACUGAGGUUGUGAAAUCCAUCAAACCGAUCUGCCGGAGGAGCGCCCUGGCUCAACUUUGGGAAACGGGGCAGAUCCGGAACAUAGACGAUGACAGUGACUGAUGAAACCAUCCCCCUUUGUGUUAUGCAAUUCAAGCAAGGAAUCAGAUCUGUCAAAAUAACUACGGGCAUGCUGCCAGCAGAGCCUUCUUCUGCAUUUUACACAUUGAAAACUUCCCUCCCCCUCUCUUUUAAUUUAAUUCAGUGAUCAAAUCUUUCUGACUGACCUACAUUCAAUCACAGAACUGUCUCUUCAAUUAUAAGAAGUUGCCCAUGGCACAGUAGGAUCUGAUCUUGCCAACAGUUUCUGGGGUAUCCAUUUCUAUCUCAAGCCUGCUACCAGAUGUGGCACUUGCCUGUCAUUUUCUGAAGACUCAGAUUGCCUGAAAUCCAGAGAAAAGCUUUGCAAAAUCAGAGAAUAUGACUGCCAAGCAAUAUUUUAACCUCUGUACUUUUCAGUGAAGCACUGACUGGGGAAAAAUAAAGAAGAACAGAAACAAACCAACCAACAGACAGAAAUACGGCAUUGAAAUGAAUUUCUCAUCUUCCGGUGCAUGGACUUCCUCAUCUCUUCAAUUUUAACUUCUUGGGAAUAUCUCAAAAGGUGGACAUUGGGCAAAUAGAUUGCAUCUCUGUGUUUUCUGUUUUUAUGUGUAUUGUGUCUUGAUUUAUUGAGAGCACUAAAACUCCCCACUGGAAAGACCACAUCGACUGGGAAUUCUGGAAGUUACCUUGCUAAUGCAUCCAGAAGGUACAAAGUUAAGGAAGACUAGUUUACAGGCAGGCAAGUGUAUGCUAGAUUAACUUUGCUCUGCUUUACCAGUCAUGCCCUCUUAAUUUAUGGUUCAGUGUAUUGUGCAACCCUCCAAAAAUGGAUUAAGCAGGUAACAUGAACACAGGAUCGUACAAAGCUGUGUGCAUUAGCAGUAGCAGCAACCGAAAAUUUCCAAGGGAAUCCUUGUUUCUUUGCAAGGAAAUAUACAGCCAUGGAUCUCCUGCAUUUUGUAUAUUAUUAUAGUGCUUCCCAAUCAAGAGUGCCUAACCUUUUCUAUCUAAAGACAUUCUGCAGCUAUUCCCAUUCUGUCAACAGAUUUUCUGGCUUAAGAAAAAUGACCGAAAAGCUAGAAAGAUUAUAAACAAAGAUGACUUUGCUUACUUUUGCAAUAAUCUUGUCUCCAUUAUGGCUUUAUGAGAGAGCAAGGGCAUUCCCCCCCCCCCCCAUUUGUCAUCCUUUUCACGUGGCUUCUUCCAUCUCUUUUUCUGCCUCAUGAACAAAAUAUUAAUGUGGGGAAAAUGGGAUUGUAGUAAAAGGGAAGUCAAUGAAAUUGGGAUACUUAGGUUAAACAGAUUUGCAUUAAGUUGUUCGUCCAGGAAGAACUUAACAUUCUCCCAAAUGCAUAAAAGUACAGAAAAACUAUCUGUGUACUUUUGUGAGACCAACUUCAUUUCCUUUCUUCUUUCCUUGGAUUUAUCCACCAAAAUGGCCGUCUUUGUUCAUCUUACAGAGUUAUAAGUACACCCAGCUAGCGUUGAUUUCACUCUGAAAUCUUAGGUGGUCGUUAGUCGAAAACAAAUUAUAAAUCACUGAAUUAAUGAUCCCCCUUUUAAAAAAAACCAAACAAAUAAAUUAAGUAUCUUGGAGACUGGACUCUUAACCUUAACGCCUCUCUUCUAGCACAUGCCCUUUCCCCCCAACCAAAAUAAAAUAUCAGCCUGCUACAGCUUUCCACUAUCCUUAGUAUUAUUGUUUCUUCAGUAGAUGUUUGAGGCUGAAGGAUCAAGAGAAGUUGUUAGAACAUGGAGGAAAGGUAAACAAAGUGUGUGAGAGGAGUACAUUCAUGGCAAAACAUACUAUCUGAUGCUUUAAGGAAGGAUGUUUCAAACAAUUUCCAAGGAACUGUUGAUUAGAUUUCAUAAGUGAAUACAGGGGAAAAGGGAAAAGUUCACUUGAAUGUAACCUGGUGUAAUGGAAUGUGCGCAUGACCUUGGGGAAGGUGGUGUUGCCUUGAAAACCAUCAGACGAGAGGCAGGAGCCCCCAGUGGCUUAAUAGGCAGAGUGUCAGUGUUCCAACUAACCAACUCCAAACCAUUAAAC